UCGGUCUCGUUGAGUUGAGCUGAAGAUUCUCCUCUGUCAUACUGAACACAUGUUCAGCACAUCUCAAUAAAUAGCCAUUUUCAUACCAACUAGAGGUCAACCUUCAGGGUUUUUUACUCAAACGUUUGAACAUGGUCAUCUGCUCAGUUUUUCUCUCUCUUUCCUUUCUGACUGUGGGUGUUUUUGGUGAUGAAGUGAAGUCAGUGUCAGUGAUGGAGGGACAUUCUGUUACUCUACACACUGAUGUUGUUAAACAGAGAAAUGAUGUGAUAACGUGGACAUAUGGGCCUGAAAACACAUUUGUUGCCAGAAUCAAUGGAAAUGCCGACAGCAUCAUGUUCUCUGAUGAUUGGAUGUUCAAAGACAGAGUGAAGCUGAACGAUCAGACUGGAGAUCUCAUCAUCACACACAUCACAUCUCAACACUUUGGACUUUAUACAUUGAAGAUCAGCAUAAACUGGAAAGUCUCAUAUAAGAAAUUCAGUGUCACUGUGUAUGCUCGUCUGCCUGUUCCUGCCCUCAUCAGAGACUUUUCACAAAUCUCUUCAUCAUCAGAAAGAUCUUCAUCAUUAAAAUGUGUUGUGUUGUGUUCAGUGAUGAAAGUGUCACAUGAUGUGAGUGUCUCCUGGUACAAAGGAAAGAGUUUAUUGUCCAGCAUCAGUGUGUCUGAACACAGUAUCAUCAGAAGCAUCUCUCUUCAUCUGGAGUGUCUGGAUGAUUCUGACGUCUACAGUUGUGUGGUGAGCAAUCCCAUCUCAACACAGACUCAACAUCUCAACACUGAUGUCUGUCACAAGUGUUCAGAUUCUCCUGACAUGAGGAGAAACAUGUGGAUUAUUAUACUUACAGUUAUAUUUGCUCUUCUGAUCUGUGUGAUCAUCAUCAUCAAACACAAAAGGAGUGUUCAAGGUUUUGUGAAGGCAGCGACCAGAGACUUCAGCAGAUCAUAUGAAGAUUCAAACUCUUCAAGGCCUGGAAAUGAUCAGAAACAAAAGCACAUACUUGUGUACUAACUAAGACAUUGUAAAUUGUCCACCUGCUCUGUGGACACACCACACACAUCUAUACUGACCCUUCACACUUCUCUUUAUA